UAAAAUAGCUACAUGUUUAGUUUAGUAUUAGUUUUUUAGGGAUACUUUUUGAUACUUUCUCAUAAUCAUGAAAUACAGUCUCAUAUUUAUGGGAUACUUUACUUUUAUGACGUUGCAUCUCAUAAGUAUGACUUAGUAUUUCAUAAUUAUAACUUGGCAUCUCAUAAUUAUGACUUACUAAUAUAUAUUUUUAUGUUUUCACUCCCCCUUGUGGCCAUUUUGGGUCAAGCGUGCAGGUUCUCUCACCCAUGGUCCAACAAAUGGUCGUCUUAAUCCAAAGUUAGCAUGUUUUAAAGUGAGGACAGCAUGAGUGAUGCUGUCCGCUAUGGGUGACAGGCAUGGCUGCAGAGUCGGUGAAGAGAUGACCUCUUGUCUGUAGCUGUCCCACCGUGGACAGCUUUUUACACCUUCAUGGCGUUUCCCGUCCAGUUCCUGUGCAAGGGGCUUCGCGGUGUGGGAUUAGUUCUACUCUACUACGCCUUCUCCAUUGGCAUCACCUUCUAUAACAAAUGGCUGAUGAAGGGUUUCCACUAUCCCCUCUUCAUGACGUUGACUCACCUCACCGUCAUUUUCUGCCUGUCUGCUUUGACGCGGCGGGCCAUGCACUGCUGGACAGGGAAACCCCGCGUCAUUCUGAACUGGACAGAUUACCUCCUGAAAGUGGCACCGACUGCCUUGGCCACAGCUCUGGACAUUGGACUUUCCAACUGGAGUUUACUCUUCAUCACCAUUAGCUUGUACACCAUGACCAAGUCCACAGCAGUGCUCUUUAUCCUCUUUUUCUCCCUGGCGUUUAAACUAGAGGAGUCGAACCCAUUCCUGAUCGUGGUGGUCCUGCUGAUCUCCAGCGGUCUGUUUAUGUUUACGUACGAGUCGACCCAGUUCAACCUGGAGGGAUUCGUCAUGGUGUUGCUGGCGUCCUUCAUAGGCGGGAUCCGCUGGACCCUCACCCAGAUCCUCAUGCAGAAGUCCGAGCUGGGUCUUCAGAACCCCAUCGACGCCAUGUUCCACCUUCAGCCGCUCAUGUUCUUUGGCCUCUUUCCUCUCUUCCUGUUUAAUGAAGGUGUGAGCAUCAGUACCUCAGAGAAGUUGUUUCGAGUGACCGAGCUCUCGCCUCUCCUGUACUCGCUCUGCACACUGAGCAUCGGCGGCAUGCUGGCCUUCGGUUUAGGCUUCUCGGAGUUCCUGCUCGUCUCCCGGACUUCCAGCCUCACUCUUUCUAUAGCAGGGAUCUUUAAGGAGGUGUGCACUCUGCUUUUGGCCGCGUCUGUGAUGGGAGACAAAAUGAACGCGCUGAACUGGCUGGGAUUCACCGUGUGCCUCUGUGGCAUUUCACUGCACGUGGCACUCAAGACGUAUUAUUCCAAAAAUAAGGUCCCGUCUGUGCGGCAGCUGAGCAGCAGGAGCCCGGAGCUCGAGCUGCCGCUGCUGCAGCUGAGCAGAUACGACGCCGAGGAUUCAGCCGCCGGUGGAUACGGCGACGAGGAGGAAAUCACUCUGCACUGACGUCACGGAGUACGGAGUACGGCCUUCUUCUUGACUCCUGUUGUCAUUCCACACGUUUUCCGUCGGACGACCAAAUGAACUGCGAGUGCGUGAAAGAACACAGCUCGGGACACACUGCCUCAAAAGAGAGGGAGCCGCCCUCUCUUUAGCUCUUUACUUCCACUGAUUUGUCUCUUCAGGAAAGUAUAAGCUGUACAUUAACCGUGGACUUUGAACCUGACACACGUUUGUGUGGUUUCUGCCUUAAGGGCCUCUCUCUGAAGUGUUACUAACACAUGCAGCUGUCAGACUGUGAUGGAUGGGGAGAGGAAAUUUACAGCUUAAAAUGACACCUUGAAUUAUUGAGGGUCAUAUUUUCUUUUGCUAUUUACCUUCACUGUGUGAUGUCUAAACACACACGUAUACGGGUACAUGUCACUAACUGUGUCCCCACAGAAUCAGCUGUUGGGAGACAGAGAGCUCAUCUGCAGGUUCAUUUUCUCCACAAAUCAUAACUGCUUGGUCAAAAAAGAAGAAAAGAAUCAUCACAACGAAACCUAAAGCCUUAAUAUUCAUCAUGGAGAGUUUUUUGCAACCAAAAUUGUCCCAAAACUCAAGAAUAUUUGAGAAAUAAAGUAGCAGAUGCUCCCUCUUGUCACGGUU